CAGUGACAGAAAAAUGGUUACAGUGACCUUUCCUCUUCCACCAAUCGGAACCGCGGGAGGUCUCUGAAGUUAGCAACAGAAAGUAUGGCUCAAGAAAAUCAAGAUGUCAUUGUUGUUGGUUCCUGUAUGACGGAUCUUGUCAGUAUAACCCCUCGUCUGCCGAAAGCUGGAGAAACAAUCCAUGGCACUAAGUUUUUUAUUGGUUUUGGCGGAAAAGGUGCAAAUCAGUGUAUCCAGGCAGCGCGACUCGGAGCCCAGACAACCAUGGUUUGCAAGGUUGGGAAGGAUUCAUUCGGGAACAAUUACAUAGAAAACUUCAAGAAGAACAAGGUGUCUACAGAUUUUGUUUAUCAGACAGAUGCGGCAGCUACUGGCGUGGCUUCCAUCAUUGUGAACAUCGAAGGCCAAAACGCUAUUGUGAUAGUCGCCGGUGCCAAUUUAUUGCUGGACUCUGGAGAUCUGUCAAAAGCUGCGGAUGCCAUUCGUGCAGCCAAGGUAAUGGUGUGCCAGCUGGAGAUUCUUCCUGAGAUAUCGUUGAAAGCUUUGAAGAUGGCCCAUGCCAGUGGAGUUAAGACGAUAUUUAACCCAGCCCCGGCCAUCACUUCUCUUGACCCAGAGUUCUUCAGCUAUUCAGACAUUUUCUGCUGUAAUGAGAGUGAGGCAGAGAUUUUAACCAGCGUUCCAGUUCACAGUUCCGAUGAUGCUGGUAAAGCGGGUUUGGUGCUCUUGGAAAAGGGUUGCAAAGUGGUUAUUGUGACACUGGGAGGAGAAGGCUGUGUCAUUGUUUCACAGGAGAAAACCCUCCCCCAGCACAUACCUCCCAAAAAAGUUACAGCCGUGGACACAACGGGAGCUGGGGACUGUUUUGUUGGAGCUCUCGCUUUCUACAUCGCCCAUUAUCCUCAUCUCAGCAUAGAAGAAAUGGUGAAAAGGUCAAACUACAUUGCGUCAGUGAGUGUCCAGUCUCCAGGAACACAGACUUCCUAUCCAUACAGGAAAGACCUUCCUCUAGAUCUCUUCCAAUAAAGGAAAUAUAACUAGUCUUAAUGCACAUCAUUUCCACUGCCCCAGUAUCUCCUCUCAAUCAGUUUAUACAAUUCUGUGAAAAACCGGGAAUAAAAACCACAGGAAAAUCCCGGAGAGACAUUACAGCACUCAACCACUUCAAGACACAAUGCCACUACUUAAAGUAGGUUUAAAGUCUAUUAGACAGCAGCCAAAGUGCACUGCAAACGGUGGCAUUGUCUUGAAGCUGCUAUAACCUUUAAUCUUUAAAGAAUGUGAGAACAUUUGUAGACACAUAAGCAAAUGGUUUAAAAAUGAUCUUUAAAAAUGUGAUUUGUGGAUUGCACACAAGGCUAUAUUUUUCUAAUCUAGCAUUUAAUACAAAACAUUCCACAAACUAUCGCCCCUUUAUAUAACUAUCCUGCUAUCUCAGCAUAUUACAAAGAACUACAGAGAAUUGCAUUUAAGGCUGAAUUUUUACAAAUCAUGUAUUUUGGUCUAGAAUGUGCAAUUCCAGUUUGGUAGAUAACUUAUAUCACACAAAAAGUUCUGUUACACAAUGGUAUGCAGAUUCCCAUCAUGUGCAUUAAAAAUACUUUUGUAAAAUUCUUGCUGCCUUAAUUAAUCAUUUUUGACUGUU